AGCAGCUGAGAUCCACCAGCAGCUGCCACAGGACAUCGCCUCCAGCACUGAGCUCCCAGAGGGGGACAACAGGCGCAAAUUAGCUGCAGUGCCACAUCUUUCCUAGACCAUGUCAUUCCCAGCACACAAGGCUGAACAUGUAAAGUGACUCUGCAAUGUUCUCCAAGGUCACUGUAGAACAAGGGUCAUUGUGGGAAGGGCUCUAGGCCUGCCUUGUCCAGGCUCACUCCAAGCAGCUUUGGAGCUGAUGAGAGCAGGACUGCUCCAUCCUUGCAGUGACACCAUGGAUCCAUGUUACAACCACACAAGCUCUCAAAAAAGCAUGGGCUUCCCCCUGCAGGUGGUGGUCGGGUUCUGCCUCGUCAUCCUUAUCAUGAUCACUCUCUGUGGUAACAUCAUCGUCUGCCUGGCCGUCACCCUCGACCGCCGGCUCCGGAGCUUGACAAACUGCAUCAUCGUCUCCUUGGCCAUCACAGAUCUGCUGCUGGGGCUUCUGGUGCUGCCAUUCUCUGCUUUCUACGAGCUCACCAAGGAGUGGCCCUUUGGCAGCGUUUUGUGCAACAUCUACACCAGCCUGGACGUCAUGCUGUGCACGGCCUCCAUCCUCAACCUCCUCAUGAUCAGCCUGGACCGCUACUUUGCUGUCACCACCCCGCUCCGCUACCGCCAGGUGGUCACUCCCUCGCGGGUGGCCGUGGGUUUGGCUGUUAUUUGGACCGUUUCACUGAUGGUCUCCUUCCUACCCAUCCACCUGGGCUGGAACACCAAUGGGACAGCAGUGCAAAACACAGGCCCCACCUGCAGCAAGGAGUGCACGCUGGCAGUGAACCUUGUGUACGGCCUAGUGGACGGCUUGCUCACCUUCUACAUCCCUCUGGGCAUCAUGUGCAUCACCUACUACCGGAUACUCAAGAUAGCGAGGGGGCAAGCCAAGAGGAUAAACCACACGUGGGGCAACGCGCCCAUGCCACCCAUGGUGAAAGAGCACAAAGCCACCGUGACGCUGGCAGUGGUGCUGGGAGCGUUCAUCGUGUGCUGGUUCCCCUAUUUCACCAUGUUCACCUACCGGGGGGUGUGGGGGGACAGCGGGGUCAAAGGCACACCCAUGUCCAUUGUCCUGUGGCUGGGCUAUGCCAACUCAGCCCUGAACCCCAUCCUCUACGGGACGCUCAACAGGGAUUUCCGAGUGGCAUACCAGCACUUGCUGCACUGCUGGAGGACGGGACACCCCAGGAACUCCCACCUGCCUCCCCUGCAGAAGGCCCAGCCCAGGGGCAGGCAGGGCCAGGGCAGGCAGGAGGGUAAACCCUUGAAACUGGAGGUGAGGAACGAGAAGGGGACACUGCUCACUGAUGGAGCCCUCAAGAGGAUCCCUGCUCUGGCACCUGGCAUCGCUCCAUCCCCAAACACUGCCGGAGAGGCCUCUGCCCGCCCAGGUUUCUUCCCAGGAGGAUGGUGUGUUAGAAGAGCCCUCAGAGGAGCUGCAGAGAACAUCUCCCCAUCCUGUCUGGGCAGUGACACUCUCAGCAUCAAGCCCCACAGCAGCAGGAAGAGAUGCCUGAGGAUCUGGGUCAGGACAUGCCCUUGGCAGGGCAGGGCAGAGCUGGGAGUGCCCUCUCCAGACCCAUGGCAGUGGCUCAGGCUGCAAGGGCACAGGGUGGAGGGGGAAAGGGGCUGCUGUUGAGGUCUUGGUGCCAGGCAGACCAGCCCAGGAUGGAGAAAGACAACACAGGCACCACCUUCCCUGGUGUCCUAGGGAUGUACCCACCCCACAGAGGGGACAAGGCCCUGGUAGAUGGGGGUGACGUGGCAGGAAGGCUCAGCGUGGUGGAUGUUGGCAGCCACGAGUGCUUGAUGUCUGUGCACAGGACAUCCCAGUCCCUCAGCAUCCACGCUGGGGCAAGGCUGCUUCCCAUCCCUGGGGCUGUCCUUACACCAUGUCCCAGCCCUACUGCAAGGCAAGGAGAAGCCCUGGAGCCUGCUGGGCCAUGGGGAGACACUGAGCAGCCAGGGUUUGCCCCAGGCUCUGCCCUCCCAAGCAACUCAACACUAAAGCUCCCAAAAGAGGAUGUUUCUGCCCCAAGCCUGUGCAGAAAUCAUCAGUGGUAUAAAAAAAUCUAAGACAGAAGGAAAAUGAGA